UAUAUAUUUUUCAAAAGGCAUAAAUAAGAGACGACCCAAAAGUCUUAACACCCAAAUGUAGACCGACUAAAAAAUUUCAUUAACGUAAGCUUCUUCUUCUUCUUCUUCACGCUCCUCUCUUUGUCAUUUUUUUUUCUUUCCUUUUUGGUUUAUGAUUCCUCUCUUUGUUCUUCAUCAUGUCUAAUGAAAUCAAAGAUCUUAACAACUAUCACUACACUUCAUCGUAUAAUCAUUACAACAACAUCAAUAACCAAAACAUGAUGAACCUCUCUUACGUUUCUGGUCCAUCUAGUUAUAAUGCAAACAUGAUCGUCUCAUCAUCACAACUUGGUUUUGAUCUACCUUCGAAGAACUUGAGUCCUCAAGGAGCGUUUGAUUUGGGCUUCGAGCUUUCUCCAUCUUCUUCCGAGUUUUUUAAUCCUUCGAUCGAUCAAGACAACGGUUUGUAUAAUGCUUUUAACUAUAAUAGUUGCCAUAAGAGUCAAGAAGUUGUCGGUGGUGGUGGUUGUGCAACAACCAUUAAGAGUGAAGUUAGGGUUUCACCAUCUCCUUCUUCAAGUGAGGCUGAUCAUCAUCCCGGCGACGAUUCCGGCAAGAUCAUGAAGAAAAGAGAAGCUGGCGAUGGAGGAGAAGAUGAUCAACCUUCGCAGAAAGUAGUUAAGACGAAGAAGAAAGAGGAGAAGAAAAAAGAGCCACGAGUCUCGUUCAUGACUAAGACCGAAGUUGAUCACCUCGAAGACGGCUAUCGUUGGAGAAAGUACGGCCAAAAAGCAGUCAAAAACAGUCCUUAUCCUAGGAGUUACUAUAGAUGCACGACGCAGAAGUGCAACGUGAAGAAGAGAGUGGAGAGAUCUUACCAAGAUCCAACGGUCGUGAUCACAACUUACGAGAGUCAGCACAACCACCCUAUCCCGACCAAUCGCCGCACGGCAAUGUUCUCCGGAACCACCGCAACUGAUUAUAACCCAUCGUCGACUCCGAUAUUCUCCGACCUCAUCAUCAAUACUCCAAGAAGCUUCUCAAAUGAUGAUCUCUUCCGUGUGCCAUACGCUAGUGUGAACGUGAACCCUAAUUAUCAUCAACAACAACAACAACAACAACAACAAGGAUUUCAUCAGCAGGAGAGUGAUCAGUUCGAGCUCUUGAAAGAGAUGUUUCCUUCUGUUUUCUUCAAGCAAGAGCAUUGACGAUAUAAAUAAGAAUAUAUAUAUAUAUAUAUAUAUAUAUAUGUAUAGAAACAAUUCGGAUGCAUAAAUAAGUGAUAGCUAGUGUUAUUUAUUUUUGCAUGUAACUAGCUAUGUUUUUGUAACUAGCUAUAGGAUAUAUAUUGGAUAUACUGUAGUAAGCAUAAAUAUGGAGUACUCCUUUCGACUUAUUAAAAUAUUUUUCUUCUUCUAUGAA